AUGACUGAAUUGCAAGGAUCAUUUCUGUCUUUCAGAGUUUUUGCACCUAAAUGUGCCUCGUGCAGCCAGCCGAUCCUCCCAGCGCAGGGCUCGGAGGAAACGAUCCGAGUGGUUUCCAUGGAUAAAGACUACCACGUGGAGUGCUAUCACUGUGAGGACUGUCACCUCCAGCUGAACGAUGAGGAUGGUCACCGCUGUUACCCGCUGCAGGGUCACCUCCUGUGCCACGGCUGCCACAUCAGGCGCAUCAGCACGAACAUUCCUCCCCCGCACCAGGCCAGUUACCCCAUGCAUGUCACCGAGCUGUGAGCACCCGCUGCGGGUGUCCUGUGUACAGAUACGAGGGGGCGGAGCCUGUGUCGACCAUACAUUUCUACCGACAGCCGGAGACCGCUUCUGCCCCAUGUUAUUUAUUGGCCGGUGCUCGGCCCCGGGGCCCUAGAACGCGGCUCUCCAGUAGUGAGAAUUAGCACUUAACCUGUAUUAACCCGAAUGCCGACACUUCAUUCCGGGGUCGGAGGAACGUGCUGAGCCGCCAUCC